CUGGGUUACGGUAUGACUAGCCUUGGUUCAUCGCAAUUUGCAGUGCAUGGUGCUUCUGAUCCAGCUCUAGAGCCAUUUUGCACAGCCCUGUACCUAUAGAGGUGGUCGUUGGCGUGUUGCUGAACAUGAGUGGUGCUUCCUCCGGCAUCUGGCCCCUCAUCAAGGGUGCUGGCAUCACGUAUGCGCUUGUCGCAGCCGUGUGGGCAUUUGAUCGAUACUCACCCCUGGGAUGGUUCAAUCUGAAGGGGCGCACUAAGGAGGAGAAAGCUCUCGCCCACCGCUAUGAGCACAUUGAGUAUCCGUACCCGGGGGACAAGGAGGCUGUGGAGAAGUUUCUGGAGACAGGUGGCCCCAGGGGGGCCAAUCUGAAGACCCGGCUAUCGACGCGCGUCGACAACAAGUCGGGGCAGCUGCAGCAGGAGAAGGUGGAGAGGGAGGCCGCCAAGCUGUGGGUGCGCAUGAAGCGGGAAGCAGUCAGGGAACUGCAGGAGGCGGGGUAUGCAGAGGCCAAGAGGUGAGCCAGAAAUCCAGGGGGCUGUUCCUUCAAGUUGGUUAUCUUCCUAGACUGAAGCAAAUGUAGGGCGAUAAAAGGUGGAUAAUGGGCGGAAGGAUGCGGGUGCGGUCAGCCAGGGAGUUUGACGUCACCGAGCUGGUGGAGAUUCUCAACAGCGAGGAGCAGACCUCGAGCAGCAGUCUCCCGUCGCCCAUGCCAAACCCCGGCGCAGCUGAACCACAGAAGCAACCUCGUAAAGGAUUUACCACAGCCCUUCGGACUGCCUCCUGGUCCAGUAUCAAUCCUCAGGAUGGAAUUGAGGCCAGCCGGGAGGGGCGAGCUUGGGGAGGGCACGUAGGCUACAGCUUUUCCCCUCCGGAGAGAGACCCCCCCAGGUCGCGGAAGCCUGGCGGCAGCUCUGACGAAGUCAAGGAACAGAUGGCGGUGCUCAGGAGUUUGACGGAGUCGGACAAGCUGGUGCAGCAGCUCAGGGCUGAGCGGCGGGUACGGAAGGAGAGCAGGGGGCGCACGCGCAGGGAAGUGCCUCCCGACCCGUUGCAACGUGCAUUCGGUAAAUUGGACCCGCUUCGCUGGACGGACACAACGGGAGUUUCCGAGCCUGUUGCCGACGACCCGUUCUUGCAGGCAAUUGCUCUGGAGGACUCGCUUCUUGGCGAAGACGCGAGUGCCUUUCCUGGCAUACCCGACCUGGACUACCUGGACUCUGUUGCUGGUGGUGAUGGCGAAUGGAAGGGGGCUCGGCAAGCGGGGGUUCAGCCUGCCGGGGGCCAGCUGGAGUCUGAGUGGCAGUCCCUGGCAGCGCUGCUGGAGCGCAGCUUGGCUGGGUUGGGAGCGGGCCACGGAGGAGACACACCUGUUGGUGUUGGGAGUUGGAAGCAUGAACCUGCGCCCAGAUACGAGGAAGUGGAAAGCUUGAGUCCUGUAGAGCCGAUUGUCCAACUCAUGCUACCAAGAAAAGAUCCAGAGAUACAUCAAGUGGCCCCUUCUGAGGAGCGAAUCAAGGAAGGUCCGGCUGCGCCUCGAGAGGCUUCUCGUGACGGGAAGGGCUCUGAAGUAGCUUUCAAGGUGCCGAGCGCCAGGGCCGAAGCAGUUACGGGGGAAGAGGUCGAAAACAACCUCACAUUGAGCAGCACUGUUGUGGAACGCCCAGCAGGUGACCCGGGAUUGGGCAGUGAGCGGGACGGGAUCGGAAAAGUGGAAGAGAAGCGAGUGCGAAGCGAGCAGACGGGACACCCGAGCUCGAGGACGGAAGAGGGGGCAAGAAACACCGGAAGUGGUGACGAAGUGCCACUGACUGCUCGGGAGAGAAGCAGCGGGGGGGAGAUUCGUUGGGAGGACUCAAUAUCGAGGCUAACGCGAGAAGUGGAGGAAAAGACUGGGGAGGUCCAGCAACUGCGCACACGCGUGCAGGCUUUGGAGGCAGAAGUCUCCGAGAAGGACAGGGCAGCGACAUCACUAGCGGUCAGAUUGGAGCAGCAGCAAGCGGAGCAUGCCCGCGUGCUCCAACACCUGGAAGCCGACUUCGAGACCGAAAUAGCGGCACUAAGGGACCAGGCUAAGAAAGAGGCGGGCGCUGCUAGUGUGGUGUUCGAGAGUCGAGUGCUGGUCGCGGAAAGGGCGCUCCGGGAGGGGGCGGCGCAAGGAGAGGAGCAGCUGAGAGAGGCGCGGCGCAGGGAGGCCAGGCUGCAGGAGACCAACAAGGCGCUGCUGCAACGUGUCAAGUUCCAGAAGGCAGAGAACGAGGCCCUUGCACGCAACCUGGAGACCGCCCAGACCGCUGCCAAAGACAGUGCGGCGCUGCUCGAAUCGGCGCGGAGGGAGGCGAAGGCCCUGCGUGCGCGAGCGGACGAGCUAGCGGGGGAGAGGGAGGCGGAGAAAGCGGGCGGGGAGAGGGCCCGGGAGGCGGGGGCGCGGAUGAGGAGGGAGCUGGCGGAGGCCAAGGCAGCGGCCAAGGCAGCCGAGGCGGCCCAGGUGCGGUGCCAGGCAGAAGUGGUGGCACUUCGAAAACGGCUGACCGAAGCUGAGAGCAGCGCGGAGCAAGAGCGCGCGCAGCGGGAGACUGCGCAAGCCGAGUACGAAGAUUGCCGUUUUCAGGUGCUGCAACUAACGAGGGAGCUUGAGACGCUACAGACCAGGCUUCGAACGAGGGAGGCUGGCCAAUCGCCUACGGACAGGUGUCGCCCUGUUGCAAGAGCGCAGGGGUUGGUUCGAGGUUCUGAGCACGGUUUGCGGGGUCAAGAAGGCGGGGUGGGGAGGCAGCGUGCGGGGGCGGAGUCGUGCUUGGAACAGGAAACGGACGAAGACAGUGUGUCGUUCUUGACGCCCAGUCCGGACACCUCUCCAGACAAGCAGGAACAAGCAAGCGACUGGGGGCCUGAGGGUUCGCAGGCGGGCAAGGCGAGGCCCGGGUACGCGGGAGCGCCCACUGCUCGGAGCAUCAGUUUCGCGGAGCCGCUGACGUCAAACGAGGGGAGAGCGGAGGCGAGGGUUCCAGUUGGGGCUGGAGAAAGGCAGACGGGCGUUCCAGAAAAAGGGGAAGUACAGGCGACGGCGUCGCUGAAAGCGGGUGUUCCGCAUCAGAGUCUGAGCAGUAGCGACAGCAGCCUCGACGGCCCUCCCAAACCUUGGGCCUGGGCACCAGUGACGUCACGUGCUGUGAAGGCUCCUCAAACGAAGGACGCAGCCUACGCAGAAAAGGGAAAGCGAGACGGGUGCCGCACUUCGAAGGGGAGUGACGCAUUGUUGCUAGCUUCGGGAGAGGCGCAAAGCAAGUUCCACGAUCUGAAAGAGGCCUAUCUAAGGGUGCUACAAACGAAAGGGUUGCGAGUGCCUCACUAGGUAGACUUAACACAGAUAUGAAGGCUCGAAACGCUGCGUCGAUUCUCGCAUUGUCAACCCUUUCAUGGGUAUCCUUGAGUAUACUCUCUCCGCCAGUCUCCGAACGUUAGAUGCAUGGGCGCUGUCCUAAAGCAAAAAAUAUGGGCAA